GGGGAGCUCCCACUGAGUGGCGCUAAGGAGCUGAGAGCAUCCGAAGGGGAGGAGAAUGAGGGCCCACCUCACCUCAGGGGGCAGGUACCCAGAGGAGGAGAGAGAGUAACUGCCCCUGUUUAGGGUUCAAGUUCUCUCAAAUUCUUCUCAGGUUAGUUAGUAGGUUCUGAAGUGACUGAACUGAAAAUAGAUUUCUGAUCUAAAUGAGUUCAUACCUCCCAGUAUCCUAAAGAAGUGAAGUGUUAAUUAUCAUCAUCAUGAAUAAUAAUAGCAACCAAUAGCUAAUGAUUCUAGAGCAGUAAGGGGCUGUUCUAUGUGCUUUACCUGAUAAUUCAUUUCCUUCUUUCAACAACCGGGAGAGACAGGUCCUAUGAAUACCUCCAUAGAACAAAGGUACAGUUGAUACUCCAAGAGAUUAAGUAGUUGGCUCAGGGUUACACAUCCAGAGGUUAAUCCAAGCAGUGAGAUUCCAGAAUCUAAGUCCUUAACCAUGAUGCAAUACCUCCCUCUAAAAUAGAAUCUCUUACUUGACACUUGAACAUGUUAGUGGGCUGCCAGGCCAUAGUAUAGAAACAGUAUUCAUUUUUUUUUUCUCUAAAAUUUAGGUGUUGUUCAGUCAUUCAAUAGCCAGGCCUAAAAAAUGUUUACUGUCUCAGAAAUUGGAGCUUACUAUUAGGUUGUGAAUGAUCCCACUCCUUAUUUUUCCCUAAAGUUACCCCCAAAAGCAUCCCUUAAUUCAGUGUGUUGGAAAAUGUAGGUAGUCUAAGUCCAAUUAAAUAGCAAAUAUUCCAUACCUACUAUGUGCCAAAUGCUGUGUCAAGCACGGGGAGACAGAGAAAGAUGAGGAAUUCCAGCUCGCCAACAGCUCUGGUCUAGCGGGCCUAAAAGCACAUUCUGGCAACACAGUGUGUUGAGGGUUGUGUGUUCACAGUGCUGUGGGAAAGGAGGAGUGGCACAUCCACACGUUUUGGGGUGCAAGGUGAAAGUGUGGUAUUAAAGAAAUCUUCUAAGAGGAGGGAGUACUGAGCCUUUUCCAAAUACCUCCUCUUGUUUUCUGGGGUCUUACUUACAUCGCAUGAAGGCCAUUAUUAAAGUUGGCCACCAAGCUGGGGGUAAGCGUCCGAGUGUCUGGGUUGUUGAGAGCCUGUUGACUCCAUUCCUGUGGUUUCCAGGUACCAGCAAGGUCAACCUCGUGAAGAUUCCGUCCACGGCCUCCAGCCCGCGGGACACAGCCCUGGCGGCCGUUAUCUGCAGCGCCCUCGCCACUGUCCUGCUGGCCUUGCUCAUCCUCUGUGUCAUCUACUGUAAGAGGCAGUUUAUGGAGAAAAAACCCAGCUGGUCUCUGAGAGCACAAGACAUUCAGUACAACGGUUCUGAACUGUCAUGUUUUGACAGACCUCGGCUCCACGAAUCUGCUCCCAGAGCAUGUUGUCAGUGCCACCGGGACUCGGCCCGGACCUGUGGGCCUGUUCACUUGAUUCCAUCUCUGUGCUGUGACGAGGCCUGCAGCGUGGACCGGGUGACUCUGGGCUGUAGGGUGCAUUCCAAGGCCACUCUUCAGGAGAGACACACAGGUCCAGUGGCGGAGACCAUGCCCACAUUCUUCGGGUCUCUUUCGAGGUCCAUCUGUGGUGAGUUUUCAGAUGCCUGGCCUCUGAUGCAAAAUCCCACGUGUGGCGACGACAUCUCUCUUUGUGACUCUUAUCCUGAACUCGCUGGAGAAGACACUCAUUCCCUCAAUCCAGAAAACGAAAGCUCGUCCUCCUUGGAGUCAAACAGUAGUCAGGAUUUGGUUGGUGGAGCUGUUCCAGUUCAUUCUGAAAACUUUACAGAGACUGUUGAUGCCUCGAGACGUAACCACUCACUGACAGAGCCAGGGCUGACUCGGGAUACACUGACCAGAAGCCAGCUGCGUCAGGAGAGCGGCGACAUCAUCAGCCUGAGCACGCAGACGUCCCUCCAGGAAGCUUAAAGGACUUGCUUCUUUCUGCAGUAGAAGAAUAUGGUUGGAACCCAGCGGGCACUCACCCCUCCACUUAGGUUUAUGGACUGAGCACAGUCUGGACCCUGCAUGGCUUCUGGGGGAAAAAAAAAUAAAUCUGAACCAAACUGAUGGCAUUUUAAGCCUUUCAACCAGUUGCUUCUGAGCCAGACCAGCUGUAAGCUGAAACCUCAAGGAAUAACAAGAAAAGACUCCAGGCACUCAUGAUACUUCGCAUCUUUCCCAAACAAGGAGCUUCUAUGCCACAACCAUAACUUCAAAGGCUGAUGGGUCGAGUUUGCAGCCUACGAGAUUACGAGCAUAUAACAAGAAACAGAAACACGUUCAUGCUUAUUUUCAUGGAGAAUGUGGUUUUACCAGACUGAAGACCCAAAGUAUAAGUUUUCCUUUACACUUUCUAUCCAGAAAUAAAUUCGGAUAGCCAAUUAUCCUAUUAAAAGUCAGUGUCAGAUUAGUUACCUCAGUCUUUAUGUAGAAUGGUUCAAAAAUGAGUGGUUGUAUUUGAUGAGGCUCGCUUCUUCAUUAUCUGAUGCGCUUAGGCAGUUAGAAUUGACUUCACACUGCCUGCCUAAGUCAGGGGGUUGUUAGAUGAAGUUAACUGGCCUAACUAGGAAUCAGAGGAGAGCAAGUCUUUUCCAGAAUCAACACUUGCAACCUUAGACACUGACUCGCGAACGCUUGCUGGAGCUAGUAGGGAGAGGGGUCGAGCAGGGAAAGUGGUGGGGAAAGAGCCCCCCGCCGCCCUGCAUUAAAAACCACUUAGCACAUGUAUCCUAGAGACUUGUAUAAAAUGAUUAACAUAUUUCUGUGAAAAAUCAGUUGAUAUGGAAGCAUUUGUUACUUCUGUCCCUGUGAUUGAGCUAGGAAGAUCCAGAAUUCCUCUCUUACAGGAAAGGGAUAAUUUAUAAAGAUAAUGUUUUUUUUCCUCCACCCCCCCACCACCUGCCUCUGACGACCACCAGCCUGUCCUCUCUACCUGUGACAUUGUUUUUGAUUUUGCUUGUUUGCAUCGUAUCUUAUACUAAGGGCUUUAGAAAUUACCACUUAUCUGGUUCCCCUACUACUGAAAUGUAACACCACGUGAGUCAUCUCAGGAGACUACACUACAUACUAGAAGGAGAAGAAAAAACACAAUUUGUUGGCGGUCUAUACAUGAACAGUUCGUCACUGCCCCCAUGGAGUCUGACCAAGUAGCCCUCCGACCGUGCACAUUUCGUUAGCACAGUAAUCUCCUACAUUAGCCAGUGAUGCUGGGUUUAAGUGUGGUGUCAGGUGCUCCAUCUCUGGUAUUUACACAGUAGAAUUUUCUCUACGGCCGAGACAGAAAUGAACCCAGUUCAGUCACGAAGCAGGGAAUGGCUCAUUUGCUCUUAAUCUUUAUGCCCUGGAGAGGAAUUACUAGAGCAGGAUUUCUCUGCUUCCUCCUUGAACCCACAUGAUCAGCUCUGGCCUUUGUCUUUUAACUGAUUACUAUUAGCUCGGUCACAUUUGCACUUAAAGUAAUCGAACAUGACUGUGGUUCAGUGCACUAAAAUACUUAGUUUCACAAUCGCCCCCCAACCCCCCGAUCAGUGUCUUUUACCUAACAUUAUACUGAACAUGCAAAACUCCGUCUUUCGUAAGACAUUUUUCUCUUCUCACUUAUUAGACCAUCCUUUUCUCUCUCUGUAAGACAUGAGGAAAAUCUAAUGAGCCCUCUUCCUCGUGGCUGGACCAGUUUCUCUCCCUGUAGUCUUAGGCUCUAAUAUGUGUGGAUUAGCUUGCCUGGGCUCGGUUCUUCUCGGGACAUCAGUUCCUUGAACCAAAAUAAGAAAUUAGAGUAGUCCCAGGGUGUCUAGUACCCUCUUUUCUUUUUCUUUCUUAGCAUUAACCAAUGGUUUUUAAACUUUGCUAACUUGCCAGUUCUUAGGACAGUUGCCUUUAGGAAGUCAUGGAAAAUACUUAGGAUUUGACCACAAGAUGUCUAUGAAAAUGCACACUAGAGUUUCCUCGAGUGGCUUCACUGUAAUUCACAUAUGUAUGCCAUUGUUUGCAAUCUGAUCGUUUUGUUUUGACAGAGGGAUGAUCAAAGUCGGCCAGGGUUGUGCUCCUUCUGGUGACCUGAAUAUAUUUUCCACAUGUAGAAACCCUCCUCGACUUCAAAGACAAAUACUUGCUGGAGAAAGCUAGAUGGAUGGGCAUGAGACUGUGGCCCCAAACCCUGAAACAUCACUUUGGAGCAGUAAGGAAAUACUUAGGGUUAAAAGUCGAUUUCAUUUCAUACUGCAUUUGAAAAAUCCUGGGCUGUUUUAUCAAGAUGAAGACAUUUUACCACUGCCUGCUGCAGAAACAUACAAUAAUGUUAGAGUCUAUGCUCUAUGUAAACACUUGAGAGGGAAAGCCCAAUCUGCCUUUCCCACAGUUCGAAUACCCUACAGUGCUCACGGGAACUCAACUGCUAGGGUAUGGGUACCAGGAAAUCAUCAUCAUUGGGUCUGGGAAUGAGAAUUGGUGUGACUUCAAAUGUUGCAGAAACCCAUCAACAAGAAUGAGACAAGGAUUUGGGGAACAACCAUGUAAAGGCAUGGACUUUCUCAUUUUGUGUAUAUGGAAUAUAUUUUUCAAAUAUAGAUUUUUCUACUUUAGAUAAAAUGUUAACAUUGCUAUUACCUAGUUAAGCUCUAUUGUCCGUGCUAGUUAAAAAAAAAAAUUGAAAAGAAAAGGAAAAAAAGUCCAUCAUUGCUUAAAGGUCACCACCGUGAAUCCAUUUAGAUUUCAUCGUUACUAUUUUGCAUACUGGAAUUUAUAAAUGUAUAAAUUUUCAUUUUCUUAUACAAGUAGUUUUGUAAUACCCUUUUUUAUAUGUGAAUAAAAUUGUUAU